CUUCAUUUCCUUCACCCGCUUAAACUCUCUCUCUCUCUCUCUCUCUCUCUCUCUCUGCGUCACAGACACUUUAUCGAACCCAUCGAAACCCUAGAUUUGCGCCCGGACCUUGCACCUAGGGUUUAGCUAUGGCGGAGGAGGAAGUUGCAGCGCCCGAGGCGAGCCCUGCGCCGUUGGAUCACAAGCGGAAGCUCGAAGACUUGGAACCCGAAGCCCCACAGCAGGCCGAGCCCACCUCCGACGAACCGGAGAAAUCGAAUGGCGAUAGCGAUGCCGCGCCGGCGGAGGCGGCGGAUUCCGACAAAGCCGACGCGAAGCGGCCGCGGGUUGAUGAGAAGCCUGAUGGUUCAGUUAGUGAGAACGGGCACAAAGAAGAGAAGGUAGAUGAACCCGUGAAGGACAAUGGAGAUCAGCCGGUUUUGGAGAGUAGUGGCUCAGAGGAAGCUCAACCUCAGUCUGAGGGAACUGCAGAAAAAGUGACCGAUGAGCAGCCCUCUGUGGAUGCCGAACAACCGUCUGUCCAGAAAUCAGUCGACGCUGAGGAACCAUCUAAUGAGGAAACUCAGCCGCAUUCUUCAGAGGGUCAUCAACAGGUAGAGGAUCCUUCUGCGCAGCAAGAUCAACCCACAUCUGAUAAUGUGACAAUUACUCGCAGAGUAGAGGUUCCGAAUAACAAGGUGGGGGUUCUUAUUGGGAAGGCUGGGGACACUAUAAGGUACCUUCAGUACAAUUCAGGAGCGAAAAUUCAAAUCACAAGAGAUGUUGAGGCUGAUCCAAAUGCUGCCACAAGGCCGGUUGAGAUAAGUGGAACUCUAGACAACAUAAAUAAGGCCGAGAGGCUUAUCAGUGCUGUGAUUGCAGAGGCUGAUGCAGGGGGUUCUCCUUCCCUUGUGGCAAGAGGUCUUGCUGCUUCUCAGGUAGCAGCAGCUACAGAGCAAAUUGAGAUACAAGUUGCAAAUGAGAAGGUUGGUUUAAUCAUAGGCAGAGGUGGGGAAACUAUUAAAGGUCUGCAGGCCAGAUCAGGGGCACGCAUCCAGGUAUUGAUACCCCAACAUCUUCAAGAAGGGGACGAGUCUAAGGAAAGGACUGUGCGGGUGACUGGUGAUAAAAGGCAAAUUGAAAUUGCUAGAGAAAUGAUAAAGGAAGUUAUGAAUCAGACUGUGAGGUCAUCAUCCUUCUCCAGUGGUUUUAAUCAGCAGGGCUACCGGCCCCGUGGACCCCCUGGGCCACCUCAAUGGGGUCCUCGAGGUGGCCAUGUGGCGCACCAGAACUCGUAUAAUUAUCACCAGAGAGGGCCAUACCAGUCUCACAAUCAACAGUAUCCACCUUCAUAUGGAGGUUAUCCUCAACAAAUGGGUCCAAGAAGUGGCUUUAACUCUGGUUGGGAGCAAAGACCGCCCCCCAGCAUGCAUGGGAUGCCUCAACACGGUGGUGGUUACGAUUAUUAUGGACAAAAGGGCCAUUUAUCGGAUACACACGGAACCGCCCAACAUUCUGCUCCAGUUCCUCCAUAUGCUCCUGGCCCUUCUCCCAACCCUGCGAUGGGGCCCCCGCAAUCCCAAGCUAAUUACAAUUAUGGACAGCAUCAGGGUCCAGAGUAUGGCCAUCCAGCACCUUAUUCGCAAUCGGCUCAUCCUCAACAAAGCUACAGUCAUGGAUAUGAUGAUCAUGCUCCAACACAGCACCAAUAUGGGAUUUCUCAGCCAUAUCCACACACUGGCACUCCAACAGGCUAUGGGCAACAACAGCAGUAUGGUAGGCCACCAUAUGGUGUGCCAUCCCAAGGGCCGCCUCCCCAAGCUUAUGGUCCUCCCAGGCCUACUCAACAACCCGGAGAUAUGCCUUAUCAAGGUUCGGCACCUGCCCAAUCAUAUGGUCAGAGUGUGCCGUCUCAGCAGCCAUAUCCAUAUGCGUCUAGUGGACCAACACAGCAAGCAUAUCCUCCGUACGGGUCUGCUCCAGCUGCUGAGGGGUAUAACCAGCCACCACUGGCAACUUCAGGCUAUCCUCAGCAAGGAGGCCAGCCGGUUGCAAGUUAUGGCCAACCUGGUUCGCAGCAGGCUGCGGGCUACCCACAAGGGGGUCCCACUGCAGCGUACGGGCAAUACCCAUCAUCACAACAAGGUUAUGCCGAGCAGUCUGCUCCGACCACUGCAGGUUAUGGAUACCAAACAAGCCAAGAUCCUUCAUACGGGUCUGCACCUGCAUCAGCUUAUGGUGCACAACCAACCGCGCAGGCGGGUUAUGCUGCUCAAUCUACACAGGCUCAGCAAAGUUACGAUCAGUCAGCUCAACAGACUGGGGCUUACGGUGUUCAACCAAGUACUACAGUUGCUUAUGGAAAAACUCAAUCACCUCAACCUCAGCCUGGUUAUGCUCAAUAUGACUCGGCGCAGAUGUAUGCCGCGCCUCAUUAAUUUAUGGAUCAAGGGGCUGUGCGGUCUAAUGCCUUGUGGCUUAUGGUGAGUUCGUUCUUGCAAGCUCUCUUUCCUUGGGUAGGCAAAAAGUUCAACAUCUCCUCGAUACUUUUGCAUGAGACCGGACCAAGUCUAGCAUAGAACCAUUUCUGCAAGAAUAUAUCCUAGCAUUUUUGUUUUAAGCGCUAAUAUAUCCUAACAAUAACAACUGUUGAUUUUUUUU